UCAACUUUACUGUUGAAGUUAUAUUUCUAUUUUUUUUUGUAAUAGAAUUAAUACCGCGGUUAUAGUGGUAAAGAGAGUGAUAAAUCAAAUCUCAAGUAAUAGAUAGUUGUGCAUUCAUAUUGGCGGGAAAAUUUUUUUUGUUCAUGGUUAUGCUCUAUAGAUAUCCUAUAUACCGAUAUUUAAUUUAUUUUAAAAAAUAACGUCAAGAUAUCAGUAAAAUCUAAUUCUUUUCCUUGAUUUUUUUCUUUAUAUAAGUUUAUCAUUAUCUAAGUAUAAUUUUAGAAUUCAAUUUUUUUUAAUACAUGCCUAAUACCUUGAUAUUUAUUUUGAAAAAAUGAGUGACACACCGGAAUCGUCUAGACCCAAAAGACAGAAAGCUGGUCAUACGAGUCGUUUUGAAGCACUAGCAAAACUAAAAAAAUUGAAAUCAGAUGGAGUUAAAAACAAAUAUGAAGUUGAAGAAGUGCAAAAUGUUUAUGAAGAAAUUUCUGAAAAAGAAUAUACAGAAAGAGUUAUUAAACGUCAACAAGACAAUUGGAUAGUGGAUGAUUAUGAUGUUGAAGGAUAUGUAGAAGAUGGUAGGGAAAUAUUUGAUGAUGAUUUAGAUGAAGAAUCUAUUGUUAAAGAAGAAAAAAAAGGUAGAGGUAAAAAAAGAAGCAGGUUAGAAACAUCAGCUCAUGAAGAUACAUCAUCAUAUCGAGAUAUCCAAAAAAUGAUUAGUAAUAUGCCUGUAAAAAAAAAGAAAGAGGUUCCAGUUAAUUUAGAUGAUGAUGAUAUUUUAGGUGAUUUAAUUCAAGAGAUAGAUUCACCUAUGCCUGGUGUAUCAAAAACAUCUCGUACGAUUCAUAAUAAAGUUGCUGAAAAAAUAAAAAGAGAUAGUCAAACAAGAAUUAAUACCGCGGUUAUAGUGGUAAAGAGAGUGAUAAAUCAAAUCUCAAAAUCGUCUAGACCCAAAAGACAGAAAGCUGGUCAUACGAGUCGUUUUGAAGCACUAGCAAAACUAAAAAAAUUGAAAUCAGAUGGAGUUAAAAACAAAUAUGAAGUUGAAGAAGUGCAAAAUGUUUAUGAAGAAAUUUCUGAAAAAGAAUAUACAGAAAGAGUUAUUAAACGUCAACAAGACAAUUGGAUAGUGGAUGAUUAUGAUGUUGAAGGAUAUGUAGAAGAUGGUAGGGAAAUAUUUGAUGAUGAUUUAGAUGAAGAAUCUAUUGUUAAAGAAGAAAAAAAAGGUAGAGGUAAAAAAAGAAGCAGGUUAGAAACAUCAGCUCAUGAAGAUACAUCAUCAUAUCAAGAUAUCCAAAAAAUGAUUAGUAAUAUGCCUGUAAAAAAAAAGAAAGAGGUUCCAGUUAAUUUAGAUGAUGAUGAUAUUUUAGGUGAUUUAAUUCAAGAGAUAGAUUCACCUAUGCCUGGUGUAUCAAAAACAUCUCGUACGAUUCAUAAUAAAGUUGCUGAAAAAAUAAAAAGAGAUAGUCAAACAAGAGGAUAUUUAGAAUCAUUUUGUACUGCUGUAAAAUCUGUUCGAACUCUUACUUCCAAUAUUAAAAUGGAAAACAGUUCAAUUGAAAAAAUAGAAAAUGAAUCCCCAAAGUCUAUUGUAAACUCUUCAAUUAUUGAAAAUAAAAGACAAAAUUUAAAAUCGCCAACAUUAAAAAAUAUUCAAUUUAAUCAAACUGGUAAUGAAUUAAAAAAUGAUGAAAUUAUUGUGGUAAAAGACGAACCAAUAGACAAUGAUUUUAGUGACUGCAUUGAAGAUUUUGACUUUGGCGAAGCAAUUGAAGCAGAAAAAAGUUUUGUAGAAUCUUCAGAAACAAUUGUCAAAAAUGAAUCUGUUGAGAUAGAAGCAAAGAUCCCCUUUAAUUUUGAAGAAACAAACUGGCCUAUUGAAGACGUUAAAGAAGAAGAACAAAUUGCUCUACCACAGAAUAUUACUACUAAAUUACCAUUGACAACUGACAAAAGUGGAGCUCAGGUGUAUCGAUUUUUUUAUUUAGAUGCAUUUGAAGAUGUUUAUAAACAACCGGGUGUUGUUUUUCUCUUUGGUAAAGUUAAACCUGCUGGUGUUGACAUUUAUGUGAGUUGCUGUGUAAUAGUUAAAAAUAUUGAUAGAAGGAUGUUUCUUCUACCUAGAAGCAAAGCCUUAGAUACAGAUGAAGANUCAUCAUAGGCCUUGGAUACAGAUGAAGAAGUAAAAAUGGUUGAUGUUUAUAAUGAGUUUAACAGUUUAACUGAAAAAUAUAAGAUACAAAAUUUUAAAUCUCGUAAAACGAUUAAAAAAUAUGCAUUUGAACUUGCUGAUGUUGCUGAUGAGAGUGAAUAUUUAGAAAUCAGAUAUUCAUUUGUCAUUAAAGAAGAAGAACAAAUUUCUCUACCACAGAAUAUUACUACUAAAUUACCAUUGACAACUGACAAAAAUGGAGCUCAGGUCUAUCGAUUUUUUUAUUUAGAUGCAUUUGAAGAUGUUUAUAAACAACCGGGUGUUGUUUUUCUUUUUGGUAAAGUUAAACCUGCUGGUGUUGACAUUUAUGUGAGUUGCUGUGUAAUAGUUAAAAAUAUUGAUAGAAGGAUGUUUCUUCUACCUAGAAGCAAAGCCUUGGAUACGGAUGAAGAAGUAAAAAUGGUUGAUGUUUAUAAUGAGUUUAACAGUUUAACUGAAAAAUAUAAGAUACAAAAUUUUAAAUCUCGUAAAACAAUUAAAAAAUAUGCAUUUGAACUUGCUGAUGUUGCUGAUGAAAGUGAAUAUUUAGAAAUCAGAUAUUCAGCAGCCUAUUCUCCUCUACCUGAAGAUUUAAAUGGGAAUACUUUUAGUAGAGUAUUUGGAACUAACACCUCAUUUUUAGAAUUGUUACUUCUUGAUCAGAAGAUUAAAGGUCCUUGCUGGUUAGAUAUAAAAAGUCCUCAGUUAUCAAAUAAUCCUAUAAGUUGGUGUAAAUUUGAAAUAAAUUGUAUGGACAUGAAGAAUAUUCAGUUAGCACCCACAGCUCCUCCCCCUCCUAUGGUUAUUAUGACACUGAAUCCAAGAAUUGUUUAUAAUAAAAAGACAAAACAAAAUGAAAUUUUAAUGAUUACUUGUAUGAUACAUUCAAGUUUCCCUAUUGAUCAAGCACCACCUACUCCUCAUCACAACCAAUUCUUUUGUGCUUUUACUCGACCUAUCAAUAUUCCAUGGCCACCACGUUAUCAAGAAGAAUUUAAAAAAUGUGGUGAUCCAACUAAUAUAGUAAAAAUGGAUUCAGAAAGAGCAUUAUUAACUUAUUUUUUAGCUAAGAUGUCUAAAGUUGACCCCGAUAUUAUUAUUGGACAUGAUAUUUGUAGUUAUAUAUUAGCAUCACUUGUGAAUCGCUUAGAAAGUAAUAAAAUACAAAAUUGGUCUAAAAUUGGUCGUCUUCGUAGAACAAUGUUUCCUAAAAAAGGAAAAUUCAUAAGCGAAAAAAAUAUUCUUAGUGGACGUUUAAUUUGUGACACUCAAAUUUCUGCUAAAGAAUUGAUUAGAGCAAGAAGUUAUGAUUUAUAUACUUUAUGUGAACAAAUUUUGAAUGUUAAAGAAAAUCAACAGUUAAAUUUAUCUGAUGAAGAAGUUAGUUAUAUGUAUUGUUCUGCUGAAGCUUUAAUACAACUAAUUAAAUUUACAAUUAUGGAUACUUCUUGUAUAUUACGACUUAUGGUACAAAUGAAUGUAUUACCAUUAGCUCUUCAAAUUACUAAAAUAGCUGGAAACUUAAUGUCGAGAACUCUUAUUGGUGGACGUGCUGAAAGGAAUGAAUUUUUACUAUUGCAUGCUUUUAACGAAAAAGAUUUUAUUCUACCAGAUAAACUAUACAAGAAAAAAACAAUUUCUAAAGAUGAAGAUGAUGUAAUUGGAGAAGGAGACAAUACCAAAAAAACUAGUCGUAAAAAAGCUCAGUAUUUAGGUGGUCUUGUACUAGAACCUAAAGUUGGUUUUUAUGAUAAAAUGAUUCUACUUAUGGAUUUUAAUUCCUUGUACCCAAGCAUAAUACAAGAGUAUAAUAUAUGUUUUACAACUGUUAGUUUUCGAACUCUUGNUUUUUUAAUAAAAGCGGAAGUUAAUAAAAUUUAUAAACAAGUUGAAUUAGACAUUGAUGGAGUUUUCAAGUACAUGCUACUUUUAAAGAAAAAAAAGUAUGCUGCUAUUUCCAUUUCAAAAUUACCAUCAGGAGAUUUUAUCACUAAGGAAGAAAUAAAAGAAAAUAUUAUUCNGAUGAUUAAUUCAAAUUGUGUCGACUAUGAUCAAGUCAUGAAAAUUGGAUAUAAAAUAAAAGCGGAAGUUAAUAAAAUUUACAAACAAGUUGAAUUAGACAUUGAUGGAGUUUUCAAGUACAUGCUACUUUUAAAGAAAAAAAAGUAUGCUGCUAUUUCUAUUUCAAAAUUACCAUCAGGAGAUUUUAUCACUAAGGAAGAAAUAAAAGGUUUAGAUAUUGUCAGAAGAGAUUGGUCACAACUAUCUCAAGAAGCUGGACGAUUUGUUUUAAGACAAAUUCUGUCUGAUCAAACUCCUGAAGAAAGAGUAGCUAAUAUUUUUGCACAAUUAGAAAAACUUAGAGUAGAUUUAGAUGAAAAUAACGUUCCUCUAUCAUUGUUGGCAAUUAGCAAAACAUUAACUAAAGCUCCUCAAGAUUAUCAAGAUGUAAAAGCACUACCACAUGUAGCAGUGGCUCAACGGCUAAAUAAGCAGAGCAUGAAAUUUAGACAAGGUGAUACCAUUUCCUAUGUUGUAUGUGAGGAUGGUACAAAUUUGGCGCCAACCCAAAGGGUUUACCAUGUAGACGAAUUAAAAACCAAUGAUGCUCUAAAAAUAGAUGUAAAAUAUUAUUUAUCUCAACAAAUUCAUCCUGUUAUAAUGCGCCUUUGUGCACCAUUGGAAGACAUUGAUGCAAAAAUGAUAGCUGAGAAUCUAGGUCUUGACCCAUCUCAAUACCAUAACUAUAAAUCAAGUUCAUCAAAAGAUAUAAUUGAAGAAAAUACUAUUGAUCUAGAUGAUGCUACACGUUAUAAUGAUUGUGAUAAGUUUACUUUUGCUUGUCUUGGUUGUAAAAGUGAAAUUGAGAUAAAUGCUCCUGCCAUAAAAAAAACUGAUGGUACUUUAGAAUUCUCUUUAGAGAGUUGUUCUAACACAGAGUGUUCCAUUCCUCCUUAUAAAUAUGUUGGAUUGCUUGAAACUUGUUUGUGGGUAGCUAUAAGGAAACACAUGAUGAAGUAUUAUAAGAGUGAUUAUGUUUGUGAUGAUAGUGAAUGUGAUUAUAAAAGUAAACUAAGUCCUCGUAUAAAUGAUGAAAUUUGUCCACAGUGUGAUUCUGGUACAUUAAAAAAGGAAUAUUCUGCUGGUCAGUUGUUAUUUCAACUAAGAUAUUAUUUGUUUAUAUUUGAUAUUGAUAAAGUACUUCAAAGGAAUAAGGACAUAAAAUUAAAUAAUGAUAGCAUAUUAUACAUGGUUUAUAGCCGAUUAAAAUUACAAGUAGAAAAAGUACUUAAACAUCAUGAUUUUUACUAUGUUAAUUUAAAAGAUAUAUUUGGUAAACACUAAGAUGCUCAUUAAACUUCAUUUUUUAUUUGAUCUUUAACAUUAUUAAAUUCACAAGCAUAUAUUUUUAUACAAAUGAAGAAAAUUAUUUUUAUAAUUUUAUAGGUGAUAAAUAAUUUUUAAUCAUGAAAAGUUGUAUUGCUAAUAGUGAAUUGUAAAUAAAAUUGUAGUUUAUAAUUAUUAUUUAUUUUUAUGUAUUGCAUUAAAAUAUUUUCA